CUCUGAUCCUCACACUGCAGCCCUUACUGCAGCCAUGCAAGCCCAUAAAGGUCUCCCAGCAGUUUACCUGGUGGCAAUUAUUUCUGGAGCAUGUACACUGUUGCUGAUCGGUCUGGCCUUCGUGGCGUUGUGGUACUGCAAGUUACGAAAGAAACAGAUCUCCAUGGAGUGGUCGCACGAUUCUGACAGCCCUCCGCACAUGGUCAGUUCUGGCAGCUUGGCAAUCAGCCAGAGCACACCGAAUCUAGCCGAGGAAGCCAGGAAGUCCGGCAGUUCAUUUCCCUUCAGAAAAAAUCUGUUCAAGUCUGCGUUUCGGCAGUCCACUUUACCCACAGUCCCCCAGCGCCAUCUAUCCUUUCAGAGGCAACUUUCUCACAAACUUGACCUGUCCAACAUCGAGUUUACUGUACAACGAGUCAAGCACAAGGAACAACCUACGCUGGGCUCAAUAAAACCCGAACUGUACAAGCAACCCUCUACAGACAGUGUCAAGUCAGAACACAUGCCCUGUGGGAAAUUCCACUUCAGUUUGAAAUACAAUCAUGACUUGGAGGGUCUUGUGAUUAAUGUGAUCAAAGCUGAAGAUCUCCCCGCUAAAGAUUUCUCUGGCACGUCCGACCCCUAUGUGAAGAUGUACCUGCUUCCAAACAGGAAACACAAAUUCCAAACAAAAGUGCACAGGAAAACGUUGAACCCUGAGUUCUACGAAACAUUUAUCAUCAAUGUGCCCUAUGUUGAACUCACGGGCAGAACUUUGCAGUUUAGUGUGUACGAUUUUGAUCGUUUUUCACGCCAUGACUUGAUCGGUGUAGUGCUUGUGAGGGACUUGCUGAAUGAUAAAGAUCUGACUAAAGAGACGUUCUAUGUUCGAGACAUUUUGUCAGCUCACCAGGAGAAGGUAGACUUAGGUGAAUUGAUGCUCUCACUCUGCUACCUUCCCACGGCUGGGCGAUUAACUGUGACCAUUGUAAAGGCACGCAAUCUGAAGGCAAUGGACAUCACAGGCUAUUCUGAUCCUUAUGUGAAGGUGUCACUGAUGUGUCAAGGGAAGAGAAAAAAGAAAAAGACGUCUGUGAAGAAAAACACAUUGAAUCCUGUGUACAACGAAGCCAUAGUGUUUGACGUACCCCAGGAGAAUGUGGAGGAAGUGGGAUUGAUCAUUAAGGUUAUUGAUUAUGAUAGGAUUGGAAACAAUGAGAUUAUUGGUUGCUGUGCUGUUGGCCCAGUGUACUGUGGUCCGGGAAGAGAUCACUGGUUUGAAAUGCUGGAGAAUCCACGCAAGCCUAUCGCCCAAUGGUAUCCCUUAAUUGAGACCAUUCCAGGCGCGGCCAAUCUGCCAGAUACUCCCAAUGGGAAAAACAAAAUGAGGCUACUGUCAGAAACCAGUGAAGCCAGCAGCGUGGCCUAAAGACUCGUACAGACAAAACCUGGUUUAUUGUGCUGCACACAUGAUCAAUAAAUUUGCCACCAAAUACUAUACCUUUUGAACGAGAUGGUCUCUGGCGGAUGUGUGGAAAGCUAAGGCAAAUUAACACAUGCCUAAAAACAUGCCCGUGCAUUAUUUAUUUGAACAGACGGAGAGACAGACAGACAAGUGGAUUCCUCGUGACCCUAGUAACAGUUCAGUCCUGGCAAUUGACGUCACUAGGGUCCAUGUGACACUGGAGUGAGAUAUUGCAGCCAGUUGCCAUGGCUCAGCUAAUGAAGUGUUUGAUUGGACAACUCCUGCCGUCCUUUCUAAGAGUUACGCUGUGAAACAGAUGUCGAAAUUCAGUGAAUAUGUUGGAGAAAAAAGGAAAGAAAAUUGAAAUUCGACACAUUUUGUGUCAUCUCGGCUUUUGAUGAAAUAUGUCUGAGCCUCAUUUGGUUGUGAGAAUGACAUAAACUCUAGGUGAAUUGUUUACAAAAAAAAUUCUAAAGUGCUAGCCUGAAGGAUGGAAAUAAUGACGGCUAAAGUAGGACAUCUGAGAUUGCAAUGGAGUUUUAGAAGUUACUGAUAGGAGAGGAAAUCUUAUACACAUGGAAAUUUAUCAGGUCUUUGUAUCAGUUUGAAUUUAAGGUUGUCAUAUGGAGACAAUGUCAGUGCCAGCAUAAUUUGACAU